AUGGUGGUGGAGGGAUACGAAGCCGACAAGAACAUCCAGAUAUGGAAGGUGAAGAAGCUGAUCAAGGGGCUGGACGGGGCGAGGGGCAACGGCACGAGCAUGAUCUCGCUCAUCAUACCGCCGCGCGACCAGGUGUCCCGCGUCGCCAAGAUGCUGGGCGACGAGUACGGGACCGCCUCCAACAUCAAGAGCCGGGUGAACCGCCAGUCCGUGCUGGCCGCCAUAACCUCCGCCCAGCAGAGGCUCAAGCUCUACAGCCGGGUGCCCCCCAACGGCCUCGUGCUCUACACGGGCACCGUCGUCACCGACGACGGCAAGGAGAAGAAGGUCACCUUCGACUUCGAGCCCUUCCGGCCCAUCAACGCGUCGCUCUACCUCUGCGAUAACAAGUUCCACACCGAGCCGCUGAACGAGCUCCUCGAGUCCGACGACAGGUUCGGCUUCAUCGCCAUGGACGGCAACGGCACGCUCUACGGCACGCUGAGCGGCAACAGCCGGGAGGUGGUGUACAAGUUCAGCGUGGAUCUGCCCAAGAAGCACGGGCGGGGAGGGCAGUCGGCGCUCCGGUUCGCGCGCCUGCGUAUGGAGAAGCGGCACAACUACCUGCGCAAGGCGGCCGAGCUGGCCACGCACUUCUUCACCAACCCCGCCACCAACCAGCCCAACGUGGUCGGGCUCAUCCUGGCCGGCUCCGCCGAUUUCAAGACCGAGCUGGGCAAGUCCGAGAUGUUCGACCAGCGGCUCCAGGCCAAGAUAAUCAAGUCGGUCGACGUGUCGUACGGCGGGGAGAGCGGCUUCAACCAGGCCAUUGAGAUGUCUGUGGAGGUCCUCUCCGAGGCCAAGUUCGUCCAGGAGAAGAAGCUCCUUCGCAAGUACUUCGAGGAGAUAAGCCAGGACACCGGGAAGUACGUCCUGGGCGUGCAGGACACCAUGGCGGCCCUCGAGAUGGGCGCGGUCCACACGCUGAUCGUGUGGGAGAACCUCGACGUCAGGCGGUACGAGCUGAAGAACUCCGCCACGGGGGAGACGGUGGUGAAGUACAUCAACGGCGGCCAGGAGGCGGACCAGAGCAACCUCGGUGUCGACGAGGCGGCGUGCGGGGAGCUGGACGUCGUCGACAGGGUGCUGCUGCUGGAGUGGUUCGCCGAGAACUACCAGCAAUACGGCUGCAAGCUGGAGUUCGUCACCAACAGGUCCCAGGAAGGAUCGCAGUUCUGCCGGGGCUUCGGCGGCAUCGGCGGGAUCCUCCGCUACCCGGCGGACGUCGCCGCCUACAACGACGACGACGACGACGACAUGCUGGAUGACGACGUCUAUGAAGGCCUCGAAUAG